AUGAAUCUUCCGGAGGAUAUAGAGAUAAACAUAAUCGCAAGGUUACCGAUGCAAAGUAUGGCUAGAUUCAAGUCUGUGUGUAGAGGAUGGAAAUCGUUUACGGAAUCUAAAUUCUUCCGUGAUCUCUACGCAAGCAACUCCAGUCCAACCUCUUGUUCUAAUUGGUCGAUCCUCCGCAGAGAUGAUUUAUCGACACACUCUGGUUUGGAGGAGGUUAAACUCGAUUUACCGCGUCAGUCAAGGCAUGGUACUACUUCUUUUGCGAGUUUUUUUACUGAAAUCAAGGGCAUGUACAAUAAACUUGAUACACACAAGGUUUUGGCUUGCACUGAUGGAUUGGUUUUGCUGCGUCACAAUGACUUGCCUCUACGUUACUACAUUGGGAAUCCCGUGCUGCGACAAUGGAUUCAACUCCCUGCUGUAAACAAUGAUUAUACUUACAAUGAGUUGGGGCUUGUGACACGAAUGCACAAUCACACCCUCUUGUGUUACAAGGUGGUUCUGAUAGAGAAGGAAUGGAGUGGUUCUCGAACAUAUAGAUUUUUGAUUUUCUCAUCCGAUACGGGUGAAUGGAGUGCUAAACAAGUUCUCUCUUGUCCAUGUCCUAGUACACCUAAUCCGGUUUCUUUGAAUGGGAAACUUCACUGGUUUGAUCCCACGGGCCGUAUUAUCGUCCAUGAUUUCUUCUCUAAUGAUGAUCAAGUUCGAGCUAUAAGCCUACCCACCAAGAUGCAAGGCAGUACUCGUUCAAGCGGUCAGCUGGUCUGCACCACCUCGCAAGGAUCUUUUGUGCUUAUUGAUGUUGGAGUUAUGGAAGAUGUCACCAAGAGCUAUAACGUUAGGAUCUGGAGGCUCAAGUGUGACUCUUGGAGCUGGGAAAAGGCUUGGGAUAUCAACUUGGCUUCUCUAGGGCUUGGCCGUAACUGUGUUCCAAUGGCGAUCAACUGUUUUGAUAUCGACAUCAUCUACCUAUGGGACUAUUACAGCAAAUGCUUCCUCGCUUGUAACCUUCGGACAAAUACAAAAUCUUAUGGAGCUCGUAAAGAAGUUUACCCUUUUAAAGAUACUCUCUGCUUGGAGACAUGGCCGCGCCUUUCGCAGUUUGUUCCGUCCUUGCAAGUCGUACCUACGUUGAAACCCAAGUUGAUCUAA